AUGCUCCUUGAAGCCCUGCUGCCACUUGGUGCUCUUGCCGUUUACCAAGCCACUUACGAGGCAGCAGUGCUGCGCAACAUCGAGGAGGGAUAUGCCCAGUCCAUUAGUGUCUCGGGUGAUGUGCUGGUGGUCGGCGCUCCGGCAGAAGGUUCCGGGGUGGUCUACGUCUAUUCGCUGAGUGCAGGGCAGUGGCUCCAGGAGGCGCGGCUUGUCCCCUCCGACGCCGCCGUCGGCGACCGCUUCGGGAGCUCGCUGAAGUUGUCAGGCGAUUACCUCGUGGUGGGGGCCAGCGGCCACGAUGUGAACUCCCUCUCCGAGACGGGGUCUGCCUACGUCUUCACCCGAAGCUCCAACUGGCAGCAGCAGGCGAAGCUUCUGGCGAACGACACGAAGGCCGGGGAUCGCUUCGGCGUGGCCGUGGGCGUCACCGAGGAGGGCCACGUGCUGGUGGGCGCCGACUGGCACACUGGCAUCGGUGGCCCCGGCAGCGGUGCGGCCUAUGUGUUCCGUUGUGACGACACGGGGACGGGGUGGUCGCAGGAGGCGAAGUUGACGGCCAGCGACACGGUGCCCUUCGAUCGCUUCGGAUCUGCAGUUGCCAUGUCUGGCUCCUACGCCAUCGUGGGUGCCUGGGAGGCAGAUGCGGUCGGGGCGGCCUACAUCUUCGAGAGGACCUCGGACCUUGCCGGCUGGUCCCAAACCGUGCGAUACGAGCCGACCGGCAACUCCACGGAAGGGGACAUGUUCGGCAGCGUGGUGGCGAUAUCGGGGGACACUGCGGUCGUCGGCGCUCAUUGGGACGAUGGGGAAGAUGUGAAUGGCGGCGCGGCCUAUAUCUACACGCGGAAUGCCACGGGCUGGGACCAGGGCAUGAAAGUCUAUGCAGAUGGCACCAGCAAGGAAGACCGCUUCGGCAUCGCCGUGGACGUGUCAGGGAACGCCAUGAUCAUCGGCGCCUACUUUGACAGCGACCAUGGCAUUUGGAGCGGUUCGGCCUACGUCCUUGCGCAGUUGGGUGGGGUCUGGAGCUUCCAGGAGAAGCUGACCUGGAGCAACGCAUCCGCUGGAGACUUUUUUGGGCGGUCCGUGAGCAUUUGGGACAGCCAAGCGGGACCCUUUACGGCAGCAGUGGGUGCACCGGGCGGAAACCUCAGCCUGGUCUUCGAGGGAGGAUUGCCCACGACCACGACGACCACAACGCGAAGUCUCAGCAGCACCAGCAGCAGCAGCAGCUCUCUGAGCUCCAGCAGCACCAGUACCACCUCGCAGACCACCUCCAGUACCACUUCGAGGUCUUCGACGGUCACCUCGACGACCUCCAUCACUUCGACGACGACGGUGUCGAUAUCCUCCACCACCACCAGCAGCAGCGCCACGACAUCACGGACUAGCACGAGAACAACCAGCACUUCAUCCUCUGCUACGCGCACGAGCAGCACCUCAUCGUCCUUCACACGGACAACCUCUUCCAAGACAGAUACCAGCAGGACAAGCAUCACCAUCACUGCCACCACGACUGCCACCACGACUGCCACCGCGACUACCACCGCGACUUCAACCACGACUGCCACCACGACUGCCACCAAGUCCUGGACGUCCACAAGAACAAGCACGCGAAGCACCACGGGAAGUACCACGUCCGCUCCCAGCGACGGAGGUCUGCCGGGAGGCAGAGUGGUGAGCACCUCUGCCUCGGCCAUCUCCGGCUCCCACAGCGACUCUGCCAGCACUUCUGGCAGCACCGCUGCCUCUGGUGCCAGCAGCACAACGGGCUUCGCUGGCGGUUUCAGCACCAGCACAGCUUGGAGCGACGGGCACCUGCAGUGGGGCUUCGAGGAGUGGGAGUUUGACAUGAAUGCUGCCAAGCCAUCGUGGACUGUGAAUGGGCUCGUCUUCGGGCCCUUCGCCUUCAUCAUCUUAUCACCCUAG